AUGGCUAACGGAAAAGUGCUUCCAUUUGACGAAGACGCUACACUACAGGAAUGCGGUAUAAAGGAUGGUGAGAGAUUAGCGCUGAAAGAAAGGAAAAAGUCUGAUACCCUCUGUACCACCGUAUGUUCGAAAGACAACAUUGGCUUAUCUGAGCGCUGUUGCGCAGUACAUCCAAUAUUUCCGAUGGAAGCAUGUGUAAGUAAAUGGCGACAUGGUGAUGCGUUGACGACGCGAUUUCGUGUGAUGGCGAACGGCGUUGGAGGCACGCGAUCAUCGCUUGGUCGCAUUCUUGCAUGUGACGUGCAGAUAGCUGCAAUGAGCAUUCUGUGUUCAUUCGAUGUGCUGCCUUCUGACGUCCAAGAUGCUGAUGAGCGAACAAUACGAUUUGAGAAACUCGGAUGUGCUUCGUUUGUUGCUCCUGAGGAAGCCGAAGCGUUUAAACCCUUUUCCGAAACUACAAAUGAGUGCAGUCAGAUGCGAAUAAACUGA